UGUCAUUUUUAGUCGUUAGGGCCUCUUCGCCCACCGUAGGCAUUAUGGGGGAUGUAGUUUGAAGCCUCGGUGAUGAGGGAAAGAAGCAGAUGUCGGUGGAUGAGGCUGUUCUUGUGUGCGUUUUCGUUGCUCCUGCCCUUCUCUGGGUAAGGACCUCUUCGUCCACCGUAUGUAUGUUGCCUAGAGCGUUGAGGGAAAAAGCAGACGCUGUCUGUUCGCGUGUGAGUUUUUUCGCACGCAGUUGCUCCUGUCUUUCUCUAAGUAAGGGCCCUUUCGCCCACCGUCCUGCGAGCGAGGAGGGACUCUGGGGGAUUUGCCUUUGCCUGGAGCGUCGAUGAGGGGGGGAAAAAGACUGUCGGUGGGUGUUCGAGUGUGGAUUUUCCAGCGUGCCGUCCCUUCUGUCAUUGUCGUUGUAAGGUCCUCUUCGCUUACCGUAGUGCGCAAAGGGAUUCUGGGAGAUGUAGUCCGGAGCAUUGGGGGAAAGAAAGAUAAGGUUUCAGCGGAAAUGUCAAAGGCAAAAGAAAAGAAAAGAGCCAAGAAAAUGAAGAAUCAGCCUUCAAGUGUGACUUUUCCCUUUGACAGUGAGCCUAGUCACAAUGAAAUAUACUUUCCCAACGGUGGUGACAAAACCUCUCAACGCAAGAAGACAGAUAAGCGCUUUGAAACCUCACAACAGAGCUUCAUGCAUCAGAAACCUUUCCAUGAAAUACCUAAAUAUGUAACAGUGUCUCCUUUUGUUCAAGCUCGUGCUGCUGAAAUGAAAGCUAUGCUGAAGGCAGUUUCACAGAAGUCAUCCAACACCUUAGUGUUUCAGUCUCUACCUAGACACAUGAGGAGGCGAGCUAUGAGCCACAAUAUCAAGCGUCUACCCAGGCGACUCCAUGAACUUGCCAGAAUAGAGACAGAGAAAUCUAAACAUCUAAAGAAAGACCUCCCAAAGAGCAAAUGUCGUAAAGCCAGAAGACGCCAUACAAACUUGGUGGCAGAAUUCAAUCGCAGACAAAAGAAAAAUAUCUGGUUGGAAACGCACAUCUGGCAUGCAAAAAGGUUUCAUAUGGUGAAGAAAUGGGGAUAUUGCUUAGGAGACAGACCCACAACAAAGAGCUACCGGGCCUGCUACCGAGCCAUGACGAAUCAUUGCCUCCUCCAGGAUUUAUCAUAUUACUGUUGUCUGGAGUUGAUUGGAAAAGAGAAGCAGCUUCUGACAGCACUUGCUCGAAUGUGUAAUGUAGAUGCAGGUCCAACAUUUGCAGCUGUUCCUUGUCUUACUGGGAAGCGUGAAGGUGCUGUCAUGCUAUACCGGAGAGAUCGCUACCCUGAAGAUGCACUUGGUCCAGUUACUUUCAUUUGGAAUCCCACAAAUAGGUCUGAUGAGUCUCCUCAAAGCAGACAGUUGUGGAUGUGGACACACCCAGCCUUUAAGCAGGACAUACUGGCUGAGUUAAAAGCAGUCUUCCAGUGUUCUGAACCCAUGGAUAUUUGUAAUCCUGAACCUGUUCCAACAUUGGCUCAAGAAGAAAGUAAAAUGUAUGUUGCUGAAAAUGUUGGCCAGAAAAGGAAGAGGAAAAACCAAGGAGGAGAAAUGGUGGUUGUCCCAGUGAAAAAAAUAAUUGGUGAUGGAACCAGAGAUCCACACCAGCCCUAUUGCUGGGCAUCACAGAUUACUGGGAUUGUGAUAAGUGAUUUGACAAUGGAGAUCCUCAGAUACCGAUUAAUUGGUCCCCUCUCUCACUGUGUUCUUACAGAAGCACUCAAAGUUGCUUCUGCACACACAGAAAAGGAUUCCAAAGAUUCUAAAAUGAAUAGUUGGUGGAUAGAAAAAUGCCAAAACCCUAAUCAGGUGUCCGUUCAUCUCCGUCAGGAAUCCACCUUUCAAUUGCUGCAAGAGUUAAGUUCAUCAGACAUUCCAUCAGGUACUGUACUGGGUUUGACUGUUGGGGAUCCUCGAGUGAAUUUGCCAAAAAAGAGAUCAAAGGCCAUGCCAAAUCCAGAAAAAUAUCAAGAGAAUAAGGAAGUGAAACAGCUGAUCUUAGAAGGCGUGCCUGCAGAAUGUGCACAGAGUUUUCUCUGGGACCAGAAUAUUCGUAAGAGUGUCACAGACACCAAAAUGCCAGAACAGGAAUUGAAUCGUUUAAGAAGUGAACUCUUGGUGCCUGGAUCACAUCUUGACUUGGGCCCUCGAGAAUCCAAAAUUCCUAUACUCUUGGUUCAGCAUCCUGGAAAAAAAGCUGGACAAGAUCGACCAGGUUGGGGAAGUGGCUGGGAUAUUUAUCUCCCCAAAGGCUGGGGCAUGGCUUUCUGGCUUCCUUUUAUCUAUCGAGGUGCACGAAUAGGUGGCUUGAAAGAGGCUCUGAAACAUUCCCUGUAUAAGAGAACACCUCAUGUGCCCCACGAUUAUCCAGACUGUCCUGCUGGUGUUCAGUUUGCCAAUGAACUAGAGAGAGAUCUUCUUGAAAAGUUUAAGAGGCGGCCUCCUGCGAAAAGGGCAAAUUAUGUUAAACAUGGGACCCUGGCACCCUUUUUCUGUCCCUGGAGUAAGCUCACCCAUGACUGGGAAGCUAGAUGUAAAAACAGAAAAUACACAGAUGCUGCAGCUAUAGACAGUCAAGCUUCUGCAUCUGGAGAAGAGGUUUCCCUUGGACCCAGCUCUGAAGCACAUGAGGUGGAAUCUCCUGUGACAUGUGCAUUACAUCAACAAAUAGAGAUGUCCUCCCAAAAUAAGCAGAUGGAAGAAGAAAAAAAGGCGACUGAUUUAUGCAAGGAAGAUGAAACCACAUCAAGCCAGAGCUUCUGCGUUCUCAGGAGCAAGAAGUUAUUAAGGCAAGUGGCAGUCUGGUGUCAACCUCCAUCUCACAAAAAUCGGAGGAUACAAUGCCUUGCUUCCAAGCUAGAUCAGAAAGAACUGUCUGAAGAUGCUCUCUUGCCAAUGUAUCGGUGCUAUCCCAGGGCAUUAGUAUGGGUCAGUUUGUCCCUUCUUAGAAAAGGUAGCCCUGAAUUGCACACAAUGAUUUGCAUUCCCACAGAAGAAGACAUAUUACAGCUUCACAGAGGCCAGCACUUCUUUGGUCCUCAGGAACCUAAACACAGUGAUAGAUUUAAAAGCAAGGUGUCAAAACAGAAAGGAAAAAAAGAGAGAGAGAAUUCUGAGAAGGCAAAGGAAAGCAGUUCCUCUGAUACUGUGAAUGUAUCAUCAAGUGAACAUAAAGAUCUUGUUCUCGGCUUAUGGCCUGACCCUCUGCCAGAUGUGACAUCACACUGUUCCAGAGUUCUUUUGGGUUUUGUUACUCAAGGGGACUUUUCAUUGGCCUCUGGCUGUGGUGAAGCUCUUGGGUUUGUUAGUUUGACAGGACUGCUGGAAAUGUUGAUAGGCCAACCAGCAAGCAAGAGAGGGCUUGUUUUGUUACGCAAUCCAGCUUCACUACAGUAUAGAUUUGCUAGGCUUAUUGUUGAAAUCUAACUUGACUUGCAGUUCUGUUGCAUGUAUGAGCACCAAAGAAGUUCUUCUCCAAAAGAAGAUACACUUCUUAAUUUAGAUUCAAAUCUUAAUUUAGAUUCAAAGUCUCCAAAAAUAUUUGCCACCUUUGUCCAUUAAAACUCUUUAGUAUGCCAUAAUACCAAAGUAACCAUUCCCUUUCCUUAGAGACACACUUGUUUGAAAUGUGUAUUUGUUUUGUUUUUUAAAACAAGCAACCAUUAUUUGUUGUAUAUUUUAACAAUUUCCUCCCUUACAUUAUAAAGAGAUUUGCUUUAACUGAGGGAUUCCAUCCCAUGUUUUGCGACUGAAACCACUAUCAUGUGUAUUAGUAAUAAUUAUCCUCUUAUCAUGUUACUGAGGCUGGCAGGGGUUAUAUAUUUAGCAAGUAAGUGUUUCUUGUGCCAUAUUUACCAAAUAAGGAUUUUUAUCUUCUGGCCCCUAGUGGAAAACUAUAUCCCACUUCUGCCAGAAAAGCUUAAAUGAAACUAUACACUUAAAAAAAUGAUGAACUGAUGAAUGCUUGAAGGGUUAGUUACCCACCUUAUAUUUCCUCAUCAAAUUAUAAUGUAUAUAUUCUGCUCUGAAGAAUUCUUGGUGUUAAGAAAAGGUAUUCUCAAAACUAUGCUGACUUCUUGUCAUGAGAUAGUGAACACAUAUUGAUUCUGAACUUUAUUGCUUUGAAAGUAACAUUCUUCAAUCAAUAGGUGUAUUUGGACAUGUAAGAGGCAAUAAACUCUCACAAUGUAAGAUUAA